UACUACUAUACUCUUAUCUUGAAAAUCACAACUCAAUUCACAAAUCACAUCACAUAUACAACAUUUGCCACAUUGAUUCACAAAAAACAUGGCUGGGAUAAUUAAGGUUGCUGCACUUUCUGGUUCUCUCCGAAAAGCUUCUUACAACACUGGUCUCAUCCGUUCUGCUAUUGAGUUGAGCAAAAAUGUGGAGGGUGUUCAUAUUGAAUAUGUUAAUAUUUCAAAUCUACCAUUGUUGAACACUGAUCUUGAGAAAGAAGGGACUUAUCCAGUUGAAGUUGAAUCCUUUCGGAAAAAGAUUCUUGGAGCUGAUAGCUUUCUCUUUGCUUCUCCUGAAAAUAAUUAUUCUGUUUCAGCUCCACUAAAGAAUGCACUUGACUGGGCAUCAAGAUCACCAAAUGUUUGGGCUGGUAAACCUGCGGCCAUAGUGAGUGCUGGAGGAGGGCAUGGUGGUGCAAAAUCACAAUAUCAUCUCCGACAAAUCGGAGUUUUCCUUGAUCUUCAUUUCAUAAAUAAACCCGAAUUUUUCUUAAAUGCUUUUCAGCCUCCAGCAAAAUUUAAUAGUGAUGGUGAUUUGAUUGAUGAAGAUGCUAAGAAUAGGUUGUUGGCAAUUCUGUUGUCCUUGAAGGCAUUUACUCUGCAACUUCAAGGCAAAAAUUGAAACAACUGAGGUCCAUAAGUCUUUAAUUUGAAAUAAAAUAUGUUUUGAAUUUCACUCCAUUCCUUUUAGAACGUCAUAUAGAAAGAUUUUAUAUAAAUUAUGUUUGAUAUUCAGUUACAAAAUGUAUUUGUUCUUUAUUUACAUGAAGUUUGUUAAAAUUCUACCACCGGUGUUUAGUGCAAGUACCAUAUUUUGAUCGGAUGGUCCGACCAAAAGUAUGAUCGUACCGGAGACUUUUCCAACAUAUAAUGUGUGUGAA